GCCAUCCGCUCCGACGGCCAGUGCUGACUCCGGUGACGAAAGAGCGAUAUUCGUGAUCGAAGCCAGCAAACCGGAGAGAACGGAAAAGAGCUCGGCAAGAAUUAAAACAAGUUGGAGCGGAGUGAGGGAGAGGAAAGAGAGAUAGAGAGGGAUAGAGAUAGUUGAAAGGUGGGGAAAAAGGAAACUAAGAAAGAGAGCGGCUACCGACGUCGCGACGACGAUUUUUUUCGUAUCGCCGUCGAUACUUUUGAGGCAGAAUCGAUGCGACCAUCGGACUAACUGAUGAAUGGACGAACGAAUUAUGGUUUGGACGAUUAGUGGAUCUUCGAGGAAGUUUUUUUGAUUGGCUGCUCGAUUACUCGACCAUCUGCACCAUCGCUGAUGACGCGACGCUAAUUAACGUCGUUGUCGAUAAAGUGGUCGCGUGUACAAUAAUAUCGAGACCCACUACGAGAGACUUUAUACCGCCUCGGAGCAGGUGGCACGAAGGCAGAGACACCGAAGUUCGAGAAAGAUGAUGAUGGGGCUUGGCGCUGGACGGUAGAGAACGUGGUGAAUAAUUAUUCCUGCGCGAAGAAAGAGCGAGAGAGCGCGCGCGCCAUGUUUCCUGCGGCGGGCAAGGGCGAGCGAAGAAGUUCGCGCGGAAGCGCGCGGCUCUCGUCCAAGAUGUCGGGAAAGCUGCCCCGGUUGCGUGCACUGCGACCGCGGCAGCAGCACCAGAGGCGAGCGAGAACGGCUCCCGUCGUCCCCGUCGACGGAGCGACGCCGAGACCGGAAGGUAACCUUAAAGGGGCAGCCGUAGCGAGUCACGAGGUGGAGCACGAUGCGAAGAAGGGCGAAGACACGUUCGCGUCCGGCGCUGUGAGCAAGACGAACGAGAUGGACGAGGAUGACAACGACGACGAGCUGACGAUGACCGUCGUCGACGCCAACGAGGUGGAGACGACGCUGGACGGCAACGUUGACGUCGACGUCGACGUCGCGGUGAAUUCCGAGGAGACGAUCAACAUCGACACGAACAAGCGAGCGUCUUACGAGUGCAAGACCUGCAAACCAUCCAAAAUGCUGCCCAGUAUCAAGGCCUACUUCGAGCACCUGCGAAAGGAUCACAAAUAUAAGGGCAAAAAUGAGCACAGUCCAGUUGAAAAUCGUUGCCCUGCGUGUUCGUAUGUUGCAUUGAACGUGAAAGAUCUUGAAAAUCACCAAAGAGUGCAUCAUUUGAAAAGAAAAUUCUUUCGAUGCGCAAAAUGCGAUUACGUGACGCACAUCAGAGCGCGUUAUACUAAGCAUGUUAAAUAUCAUUCUAUGCCGAUGAUCAAGUGCGAUGCUUGUGAUUUUAGUUCAGCGUAUAAGUGGAAUCUAGAAAGACACAUGCGGAAUCAUGGAGGUGGAGGUGCUUUCAAAUGUCGUGCAUGUAAUUUUACUGCUGAUAUCCGUCAGAGCUUAACGGUGCAUGAGUCGUAUCAUCAUGAUCCACCUGUGGGUCAGAUCAACCGCAAAAAUAAUAACGCUUUCGAACGUAAGCCACGAAAUAGUCCAAAACGUUAUAAUCAGGUUGGAGCCAGUGACUUUCGAGAAGCGUUGAAUAAAAGUGGAAGUACAACCACGUCAGCCGCUUCUUCUGACUCGUUCGUAUCAGAUCACUCAUUAAUUUCAAUAGACGAUAAGAAAAGCGCCCUGGCCAGCGCAGAGUGCAUUGCGUUAAAAUGCGAAGAGAAAGGCUGCCAAUUUAUAACAGCUUGGGAUUCCGAGAUGCAACGUCAUUUAGCAGAAUGUCAUGCACCGGUUAUCUCAUCAAAGCCAAGAAAGCCACUGCCGAUGUUAAUUCCACUGAGCCUAGCGAGCACCAAGUCCAAUAACACUAUCAACAAUAGCGGGCCACCUACAACCCUGCUGAAAGUUCCACGCGUUAGAGUGAGACCUGAAUUGGCGCAAAUUGCUAAAGAGACGGAACUCGCCAAGAUGUACGGAAACAAAGGGGCCGCGAAUUCGAAGAGGAAUCUCAAUACUGCGACUGGUGUAUUUGAGAGAAAGAAUGCCUCCUUCUUCGAUAAAUUAAAGGAAAAACUAACAACGACAGCGACGUCGAUUAAUAACGGUGUUCCGGAGGUAGCUGUAAGUAAUGAGAACGACUUGAAAUGCUGGUGUACGUUUAAAGCUAGUAGCAUGGAAGAGCUAACUUGCCACAAACAGACGCACCACACUGCGCUCAGCGUGUCCGUGGGCACGACACGUUGCCCUAAGUGUAGAAGACGAUGUAAGAGUACAACCGAUCUCCAAACGCAUAUGAAAUGCUGUCAUUCGCGUGACGACACGACGCCGUCCAUCGAUAGUAGUUUAGAGAAAGUAACGAAUCGCUCGGACAUCCGCAUGACCUCGUACCGUGACGAAUUCUCUUUUCCGUCGCAAAUGGAAUGGGACGCCAAUCUCAGAGGAUCAAAUUCUUCUGGACCUCCGUUUGAAGGUGGUCCGACACAUCCGAGCAAGCGGCGGGUAUUCAAAUGUCCCCAUUGUCCAUUUUGGGCUUCCACCGCAAGUCGCUUUCACGUACAUAUAGUCGGUCAUUUAAACCGGAAGCCAUUCGAGUGUUCAAUGUGCGCGUAUCGUUCUAACUGGCGAUGGGACAUCACAAAACAUAUUAAGCUUAAAGCGGCUAAAGACGCAGUGCAUACGAGAGCCAGAGUGCUCAUGACGGAUGAGACAGGUCGACGGAAUUAUUCCAAAUAUAACAAAUAUCUUGCACAGGUAGGACAGCAAUCGUGGGAUGAGGAUCGUAUGGAGCAGCGUAGCAUAGAAGAAACAAAUUCUGAAGAAUUGUCAACAAAGUUGUUGAUUGUGGGCAAUAAAGAGUAUAUUCCGAUGACUAGUUCAGCAUCACAAUCUCCCAUCACAAUUUUAUCAACAAACGAGACAAAUCAGAACAGUCAUAAUGUAGAUAUACGACCUCCACCAGCACUCAAAGCAGCGGUUAGAAAUCGCGGGCAAUCGUUGUUGAAAAACAAUCCUAUCACGAUGCAUGUACAAACCUCUAGUGGUGGUGCGGUCUCUGUAUCUACAGCGGUAGAUGACAGUAAACGCACUCAAAAUCAAUGGAGGUGCAAACGUUGUAAUUAUCGAGAUAGCAACAAAGAUAAUAUAUUGCUGCAUGUUAAAUCUCAUUACGAAUCUGCCAAUCAGGAGUCUGUCGAAGAAAGGAAUCCAUUUAGUUGUGAGGAAUGCCCGUUUUCGGCAUCGGAUGCUGCCACUCUGUCCAUUCACAAGAUGCACCAUCGGCCGAACUUAGAUGCUAUAUUUAAAUGCUAUCUUUGUCCAUACUACGUUAGUACAAAGGCAGAACUGUUGGAGCACGCUAGACUUCAUGGAGAAGAGUUGGCAGCUAUGCAUCAACAAAAUAUGGAUUUCCCAUUGUCCAGUCCCAAGAGCAAACAGCAACAAAUAUCAAUUUCUGAAGGCAGUAUUUCUCGAACAAAAGACGAAUCGUCUAUCGAACAAGUGAUUCAGAUAACGUCACGUAACAACGUAAUGGCAUCUCCAAAAAUCACAGGAUCUGAGCCGCCUCCACUGCCGUCGCUUCUUCUGGAUACUCGUGCUCUUCCGGAUGCUCCGCUGGUUUGGGUAUCGCGACCAGAUGGCACACUGACGAAGAUGCUCAAGUGCCGUCAUUGUCCGUACAUUUCAUCGCGACGUGCGGAAGUGCGCGACCAUGAGACAAUGCAUGUAGACAUGCCAACUCAGGGUCCCUUGAUCGCCUGCACGGAUUGUAGCUUUACUUGCACGCGUCGGGAAGUCAUGAUCGCACAUACAGAAAUGCAUGCAGGAUCUCUCGGUACUGUUCACUGUCUUUUCGAUGAGACACGGCCUGAUUCCCAACAGGUGAGCGAUCUGAUGACUCUGCUUGGCUUGACACACACUCCUAUGCUAGGCACCGAGCCUGAUCUACAGGAUUCCCGUCUAGUGCACUGCUGCAGCAAAUGUCCAGCACGGUUUCUGUGCGACAAGGAGUUGCGUAUUCAUCUGCGUUACCACACCACAUUAUUAACAUAUUCAUGUCAAUGGUGCUCGUAUGCAGCGCGACAACCAGCGCACUUGUUAGCUCAUCAAAAGGCGCACUCGACAGAAUAUCAAGAGCGCACCAAAUAUUUAUUGACCUUGUACGGCCAUUCGCAGCGUUAUCCACCGCCCACGACAGCGUGUGUUGAAGUGGAGAGUCGGGAAAACAAUGACAAUGGGCUGAAUGUCGCGUGGAUUGUUGUUGAAAUCGGCGAAAGUUCAAACAGUUAUAACAAUGUCAAUGGCACAACAGAGACCGUUCAAAGGACCGGUCAAGUGUUUACGUGUGCUAAGUGUCCGGCUCGUUACUUCAAACUGGAUGCUUUGGAGUAUCACAUGACGCUUCAUGGUUCAAACAAUCGAUACAAAUGUAAUGACUGUGAUUAUUCAUCGAAAACGGAACAAAAUCUAUUAAAACAUCAAGUGGUACACCGAAGACAUAGCGAAACCAGCGAAGCGACUGCGGAGCUAUCAUCUACCGCAGAUUCUGCUCCAACAUCCUCUCCCGGAUCUCCACUGCAGUCACCACCAGAUCCACAAUUUGGUGUCUUCAUGCGCGGCAAUCCUAAUUUCGUUUAUCCAGGUUACCUACGGAAUGGUCGUCUGAAGGAAAAACGUUACAAGUGCCAUAAAUGUCCAUCCGCUUUUGAAAAGCGUGAACAAUAUAGAGUUCAUCUGACUUUGCACGGUGCGAAGCAACGCUAUCGCUGCACUACGUGCGACUAUUCGGUCAAAUAUUAUGCGAAUUACGUACAGCAUCUGAAGAAGCAUCAGGCAAAUGCAGAAGCACAGGCAUCUCGAAGACAAUUCGAGGAUGAUCGGAUUUCAAUCGAUAGCGAUAGCAUUAUUGACAUUGUAUCGACAUCAUCACGUAAGUCGUCGAGAUCGUCUGCUGCUGUUAACAUGACGGCAUUGUCUUCCGCUAACAACGCGUCCAAUAACAACGCUGCGCUACAACCCUCUAAUCAGGAUAGACAGAGUUUAUUGUUAAUGCAAAAGAAGGGUAUCAUUUCGUCAACGGGCGACACCGAUGUAGACACGAUUCGCUGCCAGAGCUGUCCGUUCUCCACCACUGAUAAGGAUGUUAUGGAUUCACACAAGCGUCGCCAUGGUAUUGAACGCAUGACGCCGCCAUGCCCGCAUUGCGAUUACAUUCCGCGAAAAGACGAAAACGUCGGUGAGCAUAUCAAGCUGCACUUCACGAGACUGUACAAGCCUGAGUCCUAUCUUAUUGUCGAAAUGCUGACGCUGACAACGGAGAAAAUAUCUGCGAAUAAUAAAAAUGAUAAGGGUCAACGAUUGAAAGAACUACUCUUCAAGGAAUGCGCCGACGGUAGAUUCCUACCGCUCACCGAAACGAUCAACACUUAUACUUUAGGUACCUCUUCAAAAGUAAAAACUGCCAAGGAGAAGGUUAUUAUAGAUCCAAAUACAGGCGAGACCAAGCAUCGUCUUGCCACGUAAAUGGAACUUCUAUCUAGCAAUCACGCGCGAUAACGCGGUUGUUUAUGUGUCCGCGACAUGUUUAUAUUUUUUCUAUGUAAGAAACUGGUCCGAAAUUGGUAGAUGAUAUAGUUGAUCUCGCGAAUAAUUGUAGAUUAAUAAGCAUUGUAAAAAUCAACGAUCUUGUUUUUGUUUACAGUUGACGAAUAGUAGAAUUUAUCUUACCUCUAAGGAUAUAGUGCACUUAGCUUUACAAAUACUUCGAAACAUUUGAUUGACCAAUCAGAAGAAAGAAUUUUACUGAUUGUCUACAAUCAAAGAAUGCUUCAAAGCAUUUGUAGUAUCAAAUGAAAAUCGCAAUCUAUAAAAUAGAUUAAAAGAAUAAAACUAUCUUGAUAUACAUAUAUAAAGAUCGUUUUUUCGACAAUGUACAUCCAGCGCUUUAUCCAGUUGUAUUCAUUUCUAAACAAACUUUUUUGCAUUUCAUC